AUGCUACGGCACAAGUUGCGACAGGAGCGCAAAAGGAAACGCCUUGCAGCCAGGUCCAAUCGACGGCCGGGACCUUCCACGAGUGCACAGCUCCCAUCAGGAAGCAGUAUAUCGUCCAGCACCAGCACCAGCACAUCGAGCACACCCAGUACACAGCCUGCUACCCGGAUCCAGCCUGCUAUGAACAGAGUAGACAGUCCUUUCCGGAAUCUUGUUAUCAGCGUAACAGGGCACCAUGGUAUAUACACGCAUGACAAGUUAAAAGGUAUUAUUGAGGAAAUAGGCGCGCAAUUCAGCGGCAAAGUCACACCGCAGUGCACGCAUCUAGUUACCACUGUACGGCAGGUAGAGAAUACCGGGUCGAAGGUCAUUGGAGCAUACAAUGCAUAUACAUGUGAGCUCGUUUCAAAGGACUGGCUGAUCGACUCCCGCGAAGCAGGGAAACCACUACCAGAGGCAGCCUACAGAGUGAAAGCACGGACAGGAAAUGAUGCACCUACAAUUUCGCCCGGUCAGGCCACGGGCAUAAAACGGCUACUAGAUGCCGGCCACUGCGCUAACAAGCGACCAAGUGUGGAUUUAUUCUCGCGGAGUCAGAAGAUUAUUAUACCGGCUCAUCGGGCCUGUCAGUUCAGGCACGAGUAUUCAAUUGCCGUAGAUCAGUUCGGCCACCCCUGGGAUGCGAUGCUAGUGUACAGCACAUCGAGUGCAAAAUCGAAUAAUUUCUUCCACCUGCAGCUUCUUGUCGACAAGGAUCAGACAGAGUAUGUAAGUUGGGCGUGCUGGGGCAGGAUAGGGGAGAAUCCUCACCAGCUGAAAGCAACGCCGUGCGAUGAAGAAACAGCUAAAGAAGAUUUUGAGAGGCGGUUCUAUGACAAAACAGGGUUCUCCUGGUGGGCGAGGUUCUGGCAUCCGACGAGAGAGGGCAAAUUCAGGUUUAUCGCACCCAGUUAUGUGUAUCGGAAUGCAGACGAGGAUCCAUUCAACGUCGCAAAUGCUGAGAACAUUCAAUACAAUAUAUCAGUGCCAGAAUGUACACUUCCAGAGUCGGUUCAGGUGGUACUUGCUCUGAUACUGAACAAGGGAGAACUGCUCGCAGCGACGGCCUCGUUGGAAUAUGAUUCGAGAAAGCUGCCAUUGGGGCAGCUGAACAAGGAGACACUGACGCAGGGGUACAAUGUCUUGAAGGAGCUUUCUCAAGUGAUCGGAAAUCCUGCUAUAUCCUGGCAAAAUCAUCACAGCUCGCCAGAACAGGUUACGCGAAAAUUGAGCAGCCAGUACUUCAGUCUGAUCCCCCAUGUGUUUGGAAAGAAUCAGCCCCCGGUGAUAUCCGCAGAGAGCCACAUACAAAAAGAGAUGGCUCUCCUGGAUGAUCUCGCAAAUACUGUCAUUGCGAACAAUAUCCUCAGCUCUAUCGAUGCUAGCUAUGUCCAUCCAUUCGACAGGGAAUUACAGCAACUGCAUCUGGACGAGAUAACCCCCUUGAAGCGGAAAUCUGCCGAGUUUAAGGAGCUGUCACAGUACUUUCGUGCCACGGAAAUCGGGCGCGGCUGGCAUCAUGUAAACUCUUGUCACAUAGUUGAUAUUUUCCGCAUCCGCCGCACAGGCGAAGAAGACCGUUUUAAUUCCUUUAUUGCUGCGAACCUCACCGUGUCGAACCGCCGGCUGCUAUGGCACGGCUCUAGGACCCUCAACUUCGCUGGCAUCCUCAGCCAAGGCCUCCAGAUUAGACCCCCUGGAGUGCACAAAAGUGGCUCGUCGCUGGGGAACGGUGUCUACUUCUCCGACGGGGCCAGUAGAUCUCUAGCAUUCACCUCAGGCAUGAAUGCCAACGACGCGGCCAUGCUCCUACUAUGCGAUGUUGCCCUAGGCCACCCAGUCAAUUGUGGCUCUGCCAUUCGAAACCAGCUGCCGGGGACAUUCUCUACCAUUUCAGCCGAGCAUUACUGGAGUACGCAGUGGAAAUCCGCAGAGGCCGUUCAUCCCAGCCUGGCCGGCGUUAUUAUGCCAGACUUUCAACCUAAUCGGAUGUUGCUAACCAGUGGGGGUGAAUAUGUCAUUUACAACCCAGCACAGGCUUUGAAUGGAAUCGUGGGCCUGAAUCCUGUGCAGCAGGAGUGGGUAUAG